UCUACCUCAUUUUGGUGGUUGUUGCUUCUCAAUUAGUGCCAUGGCUGCAAAGCGCCUUUCAGGUGUGAUCUCUCUGGUUUUGCUGAGCUUGGGUGUUCAUUGCUAUCCUUAUCAUGCUGUCUACAAGACUGGCUCCGCCUUCAAACAUCCUCACUACCAUCAGGAUCAGGAUCACUAUAGUAGUCAUUAUCCUUUGCCAGAUAAGGAAGAUGGCGACUCCGAUGAAUGGGCUGCGGAGUUGCAGCCUGCCCAAGCAGGCUCGGUACGCCAACCCUUCUACCCAGGACCUUUCAAGCAGCCUACUGACAACAGUCCUGAUUCCUCCCCCGAGGAAGCCGCUGAACUGAUACCAGUCUUCUCUACAGCCAUUCAGAAGACCGGCAGCUUGCGUGACCCCUGGCCUCACGCCGCGAAACGCGUUCCCGCCCAGUGGGUUGACCUCAGAAUCCGUCCCCUGUUACACAGUAACUUCCAGGCGGGCGACAUCGCCAAUGUCAAGAGUGUCUACGAGCACGGCAACAGUCUGACCGAGUCAGAAGAGCAACGCUUUCCGAUGACUAAUCACGAGGGCGGGGUCGAGGGGGACUUCCCCGUCCCGGUUAAAGUGGGCCCACCCAAGAGACCGGUGUCUGUGGAGCCCAGCCAUGCCGAUUUGGAGGACCGAUAUGGUGAGCUGUUCAUCACUAGGAGGUUCCCCGCUGGCACCAUAACACACUUCAGAACCGGCUAUGAGCUUGGGAAGGACGAGUGGCGAGAGACCCACUUCGUCAGGUACAAUCCUCCUAAACUGGUCCAGUACAUGCCGCUGCUCCAUGGCGUCAGGAGAGCUGCGACACCGACGGGUUGAGUUCGAGACUGGCCUGUGACAUUGUUUCUGUGACGUGGGUUUAUAACCGGUAUCCUCCAUCUGAGGCCUUGUGUCUUUUGCACUAACCUGGAUCAUGUCAGCUAUGGUGGUCUAAUAAACUUUUUUUAUUUGAA